AUGGAUUUUGAAAAGCUGAAAUAUUCAAUAUAUGCAAAGGAAAACUGUCAGCAUUUGAAUAAUGAAACAAGCAAUAAAAUUAAUUAUAUUGAAAGUGUCAAGUUUGUCAAUCCGCAAAUUGAAAAAUCUGCCAAAAAUAAGAUUACUAUUGCUGGAAGUUAUGCGGCGGAAUCCAAUAGUCGACUUACUGAUAAUUUGAGUUACUUGGAGUUUAUAUCUUCGUUAGAGGUAUUGUUUGCACAUUCGUAUGGGCUCAAAUGCUUAGAGUUUAGUGAAAUUGCCCCAGAAUUUGCAUUUCCAAAAGAGAACAAAUCGAGCCACCUGAGCAUGUUUAAGAAAAGGAUAGUCAAGACUAAGCGGAGACUACCCAAGUUGAUUCUCAAGUCCCAGUCCGGUUGGUCUAUCCCGUUACGAGAUGUGCAUUUGUCUCUAGUAUGCAAGUACUUUGACUAUAUCGACGAAUUACAGCUUGUAAAUUUUAUUAUAGACAGUCCCAUUAGUCUUGAUAUUUCGGUGGGGAUGGUGACAUUCACGUCGUGCUCGUAUUUUCACAAGAAAAUGAAACUUCCAAGCUCAACGUUUAGCGAUAUUGCAACAUUAAAGUUGGAUCGUAUGACGAAUGCAAAUCUGUUAUCAUUGAUUGAUUUGGUUAAGAUUGAGAACAAGAAAUUGAACACAUUGAUAAUUGACCUUGCAUCCAGUAUAUUUUACACGCCAGGAGGUGGAGACUUUAACUUUACAAAAUUCAACCCCUUUUUCAAAUUGUUAUGCUCUGGCGAGGGAGGUUAUGCAAAGUUGAGUACCUUGAUACUUUUUAAUUUCGACUUGUUCACUUAUCUACAGCACGACGACGUGCAUAACCAAGACGUCGAUUCCUGGGUUGAACCUCCAACCAACAACUUUGAAACAUUUAUCAAAUACAUUUCCCACAUGUCGAAAUUGGUUUUGGUUCUAAAAAAGACACCAGUUAAAGUAAAGACUUGUAAAAGAUGCGGAUUUAAGGAGCAGCAGCUGGAUAAAAUGAUUGAAACAUUGACUCAUGAUGAAUGGAAAAUCUUUUUGAACCCGUUAGAGUUUCAAGAAAAUGUACUUCAAAUUCAACUGUAUGAUUAUAAAAUCUUAUACUCAGUCUCAAAAUAUACAUAG